AUGAUCGACGAAGAUGCCGUGGACGACGAGCACGACGAUGAGGCCUCGUCUGGCAUGGACCUGUCCGAGCCCAGCCGUUCCGUGACACCUACAUCCCCCAAUGCGACUGCUGCGCAAGCCACAGUCGCUCCGAACCACGCCGGAAGCAAGAAGCGCAAGCUCAGUGAUGCUGAUGGUAUUGCCGAUGGCGUUGCUAAAGAUCUAGCUGAUGAGCAGACUAAGAAGUGCAAGCUAUCAGCCGACAAAUUCUCGCGUUCCCCAGUCGUCCCAUCCAACAAGAACAUGUCCGUCUCCGAAGCACUGUGUCAGUCUCCCGCUGUUUUGCAGCUGAUAUUCACUCAUUUGCCGCCCGCAAUGCUCUGUCGUUGUUUGCGCGUCUGCAAACAAUUCAACCACCUGUUGACAGGAGCCAGAGCGCCCCAGGGAAAACAGAAAGCUAAGUCCGCAGCUCGGAUUGUGGAUAGCGAGGCAAUCUGGGUACGUUCUAGGAAAACGUACUUUCCACAAUUGCCACGCCCACUCAGGAACCGGACGGAGCUGCAAAUGCUGCAAUUGGUAGGUGGCCGGGCCUGCCAGUUUUGUCGAAGACCUCCAGUCCCUCUGUCUGCCCCGUCCAUCUUCAACGGUGGCCCGGGAACAAAGGGCGUGCGCGUGCUUUUCCCAUUUGGCGUCAGGACAUGUGGCUCAUGUAUCGAACCACUGGUGCGAAAGGAUGUUCACGCUCUUGCUGAGCCAGUCGCCGCGCGUCUGCGAAUGGGGAUAACGUAUGCCUUUCGUAACGACGAGCUUCAUUAUAUGACAGAGACUGUGCGCCAGGCAUUUUCCAGCUUUCCAGAGACCACGAGAUUCUCCAAGGUGUACUACCACCCCGAUCUGGUGGCUAUCGAGCACGAAGAGAAAGAUGCUCAACAGUUGGGAGAGGGUGCCUACGACGAGUGGCGCAAAGGUCUCUACAACAGAGGCCGGAGUGCCAUGGCGGACUGUGCGCGCUGGGAAAACUGGGAAACUGGCGUGCGUCUCGGCGCGAACCUCGCGCAGGUGCUCAGGGAGUAUGACUUGUCCUCUUUUCCGCUCCAUGUGAAGGCGACCCAGAGUAGUUCUGCCCACGCAAAAGCAGCCCACGCGGGCCUAAUUUUGCCAAUCACAGGACCGCAUCCUCUUCCUGAGCCCGUGCACGUUUUUAACAACGGAAACCAGCCCUCGUUUCCAAUGCAUCAGCAGCUUGGUAGACCUGCACCUCAGCAACACCCAUUGCCAUUUCCGCCUGCGCUCCCACUCCGCCCGCUGGUAUACCCCGUUGUCAAUCAGCCUCAGCAGAGAAUGGCGCGCAGUCUACAGGAGGUGGAGAGCGCUCGCCAGGCGCGCAAGGCCGACAUCGAGCGACGGUGCAGUGCGCUCGAGCCGCCACUGGAGCCUGCUGUCCUACAACACAUGGAGUCGUUCCAAGCCGCGAUGCAGAUCACCACUCCCCUGACUGACGCCGCAUGGGACAUGCUCAAGCCGAGAAUUCUUGCCCAGAGAGAGGCUGCCGAGCUCGCGGAGCACGCCAGAGCAUCACAGCUGGCCGCAUUGCAGGCUGCCGUACCAUUGCACUGGCCCGACGACAUCAUAUCUCGACCAGCAAAGGAGAUGUAUGACCGUGGUUACGAAGACGCUCAGAUGCCGCUCCGCAAGCGACUUGGUGAGUAUGCCGACGACAUCACCAAUGGCCAAUGGGGCGGCGGUAAGAUGCUCGAUCGCGACAACGUUCCCAUUUUCGCCAUUCACGUUCUAUCCCAUGUGCACCAGCGAUACGAGGAGGACAAGCAGCUUGGUCUGCUGUCCGAUCUCGAGCCUGUCGCAAACAAGCCAGGUACCACCCAGGGAUCUCCUUCUCCCACGCCAUUCCUCUCUUUGGAUAACAUGAAAUGGGUCUACGACCACAAGGUAAGACUGUUCACGGACACGCACCGGAAAGAGCUCUUCAUCUGUGCUGGAUGCGACGACAAGCGGCCCAAGUGGUUCGCUUUUGAAGGUUUAGUACAGCAUUAUGGUGCAAAACAUACCUCGGAAUUCAGCAGGGGAAACAUCAUCGUGCACUGGCAGACUGCCAAGUGGCCCGACAAACCUCCCUUUCACACGAACCCAGCACAAUGGUUCAAGCAUCGCCCGAGGCACGCGCCUGUCCCCGGAGGGGACACUCGUGACCAGUAUUCUCCGGCCUCCUUUCCUGGUCAGAAUGGCUACGACGCGGGGUUCCUGUCGCAGUACGCUUCGAUGGGAGUUGGCAACACAGUGCGACAAGUGAACGGUACCGCCAGCGAGGAUGAUUGGCAGCACAUUAAGCUGGCAACCGAUGCGCGCGAGAUCUGGGAUGCUCUAGAUGGCAUCAAGGACUUACUCGAAUGCGUGAAAGUGCAGACUGUCCUUCACCAUGCUGUGGCCAAAUUCAGUGAUCACUAUCAUUACAAGCCAACGCUGGAUCUGUUGACAGUUGCUCUCGCGAGUCAUAAUGUGACGCGUCCACUGAGGAAUGUCACGGGUCUUGCCUGCAAGUCCUGCGUUGCAGUUGGACAACACUCCCACAGCAACUCCUACUGGACCCGAAUCAGGGGCAUCAAGCUUCUCAGUACUUCUCAUUUGAUCACACACUUCGAGCUCAUGCACCAGGCUCACGAGAAUGCGGGGCCUCUCGACUGGGUCAAAGAAAUGAUCGAAUUGCCCGAGAAGCAGAGUCUCAAGGAGCUGUUGCACACUCCAGGAAUGGACGAUAACAAGCUAGCCCUGAUCGCCGCUGCUCUGCCAGCAGGGACGUUCCCAAUGCCAUUGCCAGUGAUUGGUCAUGUCACUGAGAAGAGGAAGAAGUCGAGUGUGAGCGACGAGGCAUCAUUCGAGAACCUGAUCGUGCGCAAAAAGCCCAAGAAACACAGCAAGAAACUUCAGAAGGCUAGUAAUAGCUUGCUAGGCCGGGAUGGGUCACAAGAGACUCUGCCGGAGGUGAAAGAAGAGGAGUACGAUCCGUUGCGACCUGCUCUGAUACCAGCGCGAAAAUGGGAUCCCGCGCUAUUUGACACAGAUGCACGCAAGCCACCGGAACCAGUGGCGCCUGUCACGCAAGCUCCCCCACAGGAGUUCACGUUCAAUCGCGAGACGAUCGCCAUGCCGGAAAAAAACAACCCGACUCCCGCUCUGGACCGAGCAACACGCUGCCCAUCAGUUGGACGGGCCCACGCUGCAUCGACCACCCAGACACCUUUGGCUGCGCCGAAUAUAACGCCAGAUGGCCAACCAGACAUUGCCGCUAUCAUUGCUGCCCUCACUGCUGGAAGACACUCGGUUCUUGCUGCCCCCACUGCUCCGGGACAAGCAGCUGCUUCUCCUGCUCCCCCAGGCGAGAGCUCUGGCAUUGCGCACGACCAGUCAUUUGCGGAGGCGCACGGCAGAGAUCCGCGCGAGCUACAAUCCGGCGGACAGACUGAUGCUUACGCGCCAGCACCACGGUACUUUCCAACUCAGCAGGCCCAUCCGCAACCGGCAGCUGUUCCCAGUGUGCAUGAGCUGCAAGCAGCACUUUCUCACAAUCAUUGGCAAUACGAGCAGAACCAUCACCAUUCCGGUACGGCGCGUGCGUACUCCACUGGCCCUCAGCCUCAGCAACACCGACCUCCACCUCAGCCUGUCCCGCAGUAUCAAUUUGUGUAUGAAGAAGAUCGCCCGUACAGCCAGGCAGUCCCAUACGCGGCGAAUUACAGAGAAGCUCCGUCGCCGCAGUAUGUACAGGUUCCGAGACAUCAGUACGCGCCACAUGGCUACCAUUAUGAAGUGCCCGUACCACAAACUAUCUACGUGGACCAGGAUGGCCGACGAUUGAUUCCUAUCGAUGCGGCUCCCGCCCCAGUACAGUACUUCUCCAACCGUUACGAACAGCAGCAUUACGUCAGACCGGUUUACACGAGUGCGGUGCCGCAGCCAGCUGUACAGGCUGUGUACGACGACCGGCGUCCCGUGUACUACGAACGAACAGCCAGCGUCAUACCACCACGGUACGCAUAUGACGAUCGCGCGUCUGUGGGACGCUCUGAAAAUUGA